AUGCAAGCAUUAAAGCCAAUACAACCUUGUUUUACCAAGUUCUUCAACCGUCAAUUGCUUAAACCCUUAAACCUCCGUGCUUUCUCAGCAUCAUCAGAUGAUUACUCCAAACAGUCACGUGGUGGCCUUCCUCGCUUCUUCUCUGAACAACUCCCUGCUUCUAAGGGUGGUGUUGUUCGUGUACAAGGCGAUGAAUUCAGGCAUAUGACUAAAGUUUUGAGGUUGAGCACGAAUGAUAGGGUAGAGCUCUUCAAUGGGAAAGGAGGUUUAAUUGAAGGGUUCCUAGAGAGAAUUGACCGUACUGGACUUGAUUUUGUGGCAUUGGAAGAUCCAAAAUUAGUUUGUCCUCAGAGCACAAAGUGGCAUGUAUUUGCUGCAUUUGGUACUCUAAAGGGCGAUCGAGCUGACUGGCUUGUUGAGAAAUGCACAGAACUUGGAGCUCAUAGUGUGACCCCUCUGCUGACAGAACGUUCUCCGUCAAUCUCAGAAAAUCGAGUGGACAGGUUACGACGUGUCAUUUUAGCAGCGACUAAACAGAGUCAGCGGUUGCAUGAAAUGAUUCUAAAUCCUCCAACUAAAACUGUUGGCCUUUUGCCUAUACUUGCACAGUCAAAGCUAUCUUUUCUGGCAACAGCAGAAGCUACUCCUGUUGUUAGCGUAUUGACUUCAUCAAGAAAAGAAUCAAGUGGAUUGAUAAUAGUUGGACCAGAAGGGGACUUCACGGAGAAAGAAGUGAAUGGGAUGAUGGAAGCAGGGGCAACACUUGUUGGUCUUGGACCACAUCGUCUACGUGUUGAAACUGCUACAAUGGCACUUUUGGCAACUCUAAUGCUGUGGUCUGACUCCCAGUAG